ACUCCUUGUAUGAAAGCGAAAACCUCACAUUUCCUCCAUCCAGGUAGUUCCCGUUAUACUCGCGCCAUGGUGCAUUUGUGCGCAACCGCGUGACGGAAUCAAGCGUGUCUACAAAACACUACCUGUGUUCCAUCAUAUUUUCGCAGAAGUGUCAAAUACAAAGUGGAAGUGCCGGUGUUUGUGUAGUGCUUCAGGAAGCCUUCUGUGCACCCAGUCAGUUCACCAUGGAGAAGACAGCUCUCUUCCUUUUCUGCCUUUUCCACAUUCUGGUGCGUUUGAGCACUGGACAGCAACAUUUUCGCGCGCGUGUUGGUGGACCGUGGAAACACCGGAUUCAGUGGGAGAACAACGGUCGGGUGUUUAGUUUACUCAGCACGGGGUCAGAGUACCACUCGCCGGUACAAGCGAGGAGACAGCAGCAACUUUACCUGACCACCAAAGGGCACAACCGACACCCUCCAGGCGCACCAAUCAGAUCCCCCAGGACUGGUUAUCCCAAUUUAGAGGAGCGAAACCGAGGGCAUUCGGAACGCAGAGCACGCCAAGAGUUGGACACCUCGGUUCUAGGUUCUGAAGUCCGUCAAUAUAUUGUCGCAACGGGCCGCCACACCACAGGUGCAAGAAGUCAGCCGCGAGUUGAGACCACGGUGGCGGGAUACCCAGGCACCCGUCGUCCCCCUCAAGAAUCCCGUUCCAAUAUCUCCGUUUCCUCGCCAAUACAAGAAUUUUCGGGAAGUGGAAUUCAAAGAGGUGGAAGGAGACUUGCUUUGAGUGGUGUGAACCUGUCGGGUCCAGAACAAAUGAGGUCCACUGCGUCACCAAUAAGAUCAGUUGAUUUUACGGACGACCGGGGCGCCAGUCAGGAGCGACUGACGGGCCCAGAACCAACCACACGAGGACCCACAACAGCGCGUCUCAACAACUUUGAGGAUGACAGCAACGGACGCCGAAUCCUGCAGCAUUCCAGACUGGAUAACACUCACAAUGCCCAAAUAACGCGUUCCCCUCCUACGUCCAGAGCCGUUGGGGCACCUGCGAAUGUAUCACCAACUGCUCUUUCUAUCAAUGCCGUCGAGACGCAUAUUACACGUCCACAGCGCGUGGAACCCAGUACCGUGAAUAACAUGAUAGGCGACGACCCACAGAAUCCCAACAAGAACCACCGGAACUCAGUGUUCUACAACAUGUACCCGUCUUCAGGCGCCAGGACCAGAGGCUCCAUGCGCCAACCGCGGCCAGACAUGGGCUAUGGCACACGAUUCUUCCAUAACGGUCUCCCAGACCUGGUCCCCGACCCCUACUACAUCCAGGCUGCCUCCUACAUCCAGCGUGUGCAGAUGUAUGCUCUCAGGUGUGCCGAGGAGGAAAACUGUCUGUCAAGGUCGGCGUCCCAUCCCAGUGUCAGAGAUCUGGACUACAGGGUUCUGCUGCGGUUCCCCCAGAGGGUGAAGAACCAGGGGACCGCAGACUUCCUUCCGGUCAAGCCCCGCCACGAAUGGGAGUGGCAUAGCUGUCAUCAGCACUACCACAGCAUGGAGGCGUUCAGUAACUACGACCUCCUGGACAUCCCCUCGGGCAGGAAGGUGGCUGAGGGUCACAAGGCCAGUUUCUGCCUGGAGGACACCAGCUGUGACCCCGGAGUGCGCCGACGCUACGCCUGCACUGCCCACACACAGGGGCUAGGCCCCGGAUGCUAUGACACGUACAACGCCAACAUCGACUGCCAGUGGAUCGACAUCACGGAUGUGCCGCCGGGAAACUACAUCCUUAAGGUGACCGUGAACCCGACCAUGCAGGUGCAAGAGUCCGACUUUUCCAACAACGUGGUGAGGUGUGACAUCAGGUACACUGGCACCCAUGUCCAGGCCAGGAAUUGCAUGAUCACCGGAAGUUAACGUGGAUAUUGUCAACUCCCGUGAGGAACUCUGGUCCCUGGAAAGUGGAAGUAUCAGUGUGCGUCUGUCUCAGCUGAGGAAACCGUCUGCCUUCCUCAGCACUCCCAAGUUAGCUGGCACCAUCCAAUGUCUUACACUCUGUCGGCUCGUAUCUACUUAGCUCCAGUAACUAUUGUAUAUACUAUUACCGUGAAUCUCCUGAGCGGCAGUGUGUCGUGUGUGUGUCGUGUGAGAUGAGAGUCCAAUGUCUCGUGUGACCCUGGUGCUGGGCUGUAGCUGUGUGUUCGAGGGUUAUCUAUCCUCAGACAUAACAAACAAGCCAAGGAAAACUCUGGUCAAACCCAAACGAAAGAUUAAUGCUGUGUGUCUCUCAGCCGGUGGGUGUUUGGAGAAGGUCAAUAGGGCUCCUGUCUCCCAUUCGCAUGCUGAAGGAGAAGUGUUACUGUGCUGAGUCAUCCAUUGACUCUAUAAAGUGUCCAGAGGAGUUGGGCCAACAGCUAUGUACUGUAUUUAUAACAUGAAACAUUAUAAUAUAAUAUACGAUAAUAACAAUAAUAUACGCAUCAAUGUAUGUAUGGCAUGAAUGACUUUCUGUAAUCUUUUGGACUUGCACUGCUAAAGCCAAUUGGACAAACACGAUACAACUGUACAAUAGUGUUAUGAUGUAUUGUUUCGUUUUAUUGGUGACAGACUGAAUGGUUUUUCUGUCGUUUGCGAGCUGAUGUACUUUGUUUUGUGUGGGUAUAAUUGGGAAUAAAGACCGCCUCAGACUAA